GCAAUUUAUUAUUAUUUUUUCAAAAAUUGUGACACUUUUUUCCCGUCUUCUUCAAUUCGGGAAAUCUUCUCCAAAGCCCUAGCUUGAGCUCUCCUUCUCUACUCCCUAAUUAAAUCAAGAUGACGAAAGAACAAGCUAAUUGGUCUCCUUACGACAACAAUGGAGGCACUUGUGUCGCAAUUGCCGGUGCAGAUUACUGUGUUGUUGCGGCCGACACGAGAAUGGCUUCGGGAUACAAUAUAUUAACCCGGGAUUACUCCAAAAUCGCUAAAUUGGCGGACAAAUGUGCCAUGGCAUCUUCUGGAUUUCAGGCUGAUGUAAGAGCUUUGCAAAAGCACUUAGAAGCAAGGCAUCUGAUCUAUCAGCAUCAGCACAAUAAACAAAUGAGCACUCCUGCCAUGGCUCAGUUGCUGUCGAACACCCUUUACUACAAGCGCUUCUUUCCUUACUAUGCUUUUAAUGUUCUGGGGGGGCUUGAUAGUCAGGGGAAGGGGUGUGUCUUCACAUAUGACGCUGUUGGAUCCUAUGAGAGGGUUGGAUAUAGUUCACAAGGUUCUGGUUCUACAUUGAUCAUGCCUUUCUUGGACAACCAGCUAAAGUCUCCUAGCCCUCUCUUAUUACCUGCAAAGGAUGCUGUUACACCACUUUCUGAAUCUGAAGCCAUUGACCUGGUAAAGACAUGUUUUGCUUCUGCAACAGAAAGAGAUAUCUACACCGGCGACAAGCUGGAAAUUGUCGUCUUGAAUGCUGAGGGAACUAGACGUGAAUAUAUGGAACUGAGGAAGGAUUGACGGGUUGUGGUAGUAUUAUGGAUCUGUGGGUUGCGACAAAGUGUGGAAUGCUCCGAUUCGAGAGCUUUAAUUUGGACAUUGACUUGAGCUGUGUUCUAUGGUUCUCAGUUAUCAACCCUGAGAUUUGGAUUCUAGACUGAAGAUAGACGCUGGGCAUGAAGCUGACUCUUUGUUACCCAUUUCCAAGUUUUAUUUUCUUUGUUAAAUUUUUAUACAUCCACGUUUGUCUUUUUACCAUGGCAUGCCCACUUUGUUUUCUAAAGAAAAUUGAUUUGACUUCCAUCUGUUUAUCUGUGGAAGAGGUUAACUAAAUCAGACCAAAUUAAGCAA